GCGGCCUGUAUUGUAUUGUAUUGUAUUGUAUUGUAUUGUACUGUACUGUGUGACCGACACUCGGGGUCUGUGUCUUCACUGAAGCUGCUGUUGGAGGCGGAGACGAUGCUGCGAGUCGGCGCCAUCCUCCGGAGCGGCCUCUCCUGCAGCCGCGGCCUCGGGCCCGCUUCCUGGGGGGGCUGUGGUGCGGGGCUGCGCGGGGCCGCCGCCCGGUCUCUCAGCGCCUUCAGCCUGAGCCGCCACAGCCGCCUCCUGGACACUGAGAGGCCGGGGAGAGCGGCGCCGAGGCUCGGCCGCUACACCGCACAGAUACGCCUUUCGUUUGGUCAGUCCUUACGCUGCUUUUCCUCGGCGGAUGAGAGUGAGAGCGAGAAGGGGCAAUUGAUCUAUGCUGGGAACAUGGCCAGGGCGGUGCUUGGGGUGAAAUUUUUUUCUUACUCCUCCAGUCUCUUCAGUCUCUGCGUGAUGCCCUAUAUCCUUUUCCAGUCUGGCCUUGGAAUCCAAAACCCUGCAUUACAAAUAGCCUUCUGUGGCAUCAUUGGAUUUUUUACCUUUCUGAGUCCUGUUGUCUUACACCUGGUCACCAAAGGUUACGUGGUGAGUCUGCAUCACAAUGCUGAGACUGACACCUAUACAGCGGUCACCUACAAUGUUCUGCUUCAGCCGAAGAAAACUGUCUUCCAUCAAAAGGACGUGAAGAUUCCUGGAGUCAGCCAGAUGUUCACAACGUUUUAUGCAAACAAAAAGUCACUGCUGGUAAACCCAAUGCUUUUCUGGCACCCCAAUGACUUUCACCACUUAAUGGGUUAUGACCAACCCUUCUCCUUUGAUAUGGAAGAACUGAAAAAGUAAUGUAACCAGCACAGGACAGCAUUUAAUGUUAUAUACUUUAGUUCUAGAAAAAGGGCCUCCUUUAUGUGCUGUUUUGCUGAUAUUUUAUUUACAGAAAAUUUGUAUUUUCCUUCAAAAACUGCCCCCACAAACUUGAGGUUUAAUUAAUUAUAUAAAAUAAAUAAAAAGAUCAGUAAUUAAGUAAUUAUUCCUGUGGUUUUAACCUUCCAGGAAGGGGUUCCUACAGCAAAUGAGACUUGUCUCUUGUUUCCACCUUAAUCCCCCUUGGGCGUCAAACUAACUGGUUGAAGAGGUGUAUAGCCUCGUGAUGCCUAUCAUUUCUUCCUGGAAGGGAUGCUGUCUGAAAGCAGGAGAUCUUUGGGAUGUGGAAGCAAACGGGUGUCUCAUUGCUGCCAUGGUAGGAUAUGUGGUACUUUGGUAUACUCAUUCAAUUCAUUUUCAAUUCAUUGGUAUAUCCAUUCAAUUCAUUUUCUCUCACAUCUCUCAGCAUCUUUCACUGUUGCCAGGUGGGUCUCAGCCUUGCUGCUGUCUUCUGUCUGAGUUUGUGGCCUGCCGAUUGCUGCAACACAUCCACAGGUUCUCUGUUCCAUUGGAUCUAUGCCUUUGUUGGCUUUACUAAACUUAAAACAUCUACCCACACAUUCCUAAGAUGCCUUGUUUCCAAUUUUCCAGUUAUUAACUUGAAUAACUUAAGCUUCCACAGGAAGCCUUUAUUUCUGCACAAUCAUCUAUCUUCCCCAGAAAUGCCCUUGAAAUUCUAUUUACUUUAAGAUCACUUUUGAUAUCCACAUAAAGGUCACAAGGUUUGACUUUUCUUAAAAUACCCAUUUUGUGUAGACCAACAAAAGGAAUACUGAGUGGAAUUUGUGUCAGUAGGAGAGAGUAAGUAAGCUCUGCUUUGUUAGCAAGAACCACUUUUAUUUUAAAUCAAGUUAUUUUUUUAAAAACGCAAAUCCUAUAUGGUCUCCAGAAUUGCUGAGCAAUACCAGUAGGUGUUAGUAAGAUGGCUUCCAUUGAUGAGGCUUUACCGGUGAUUAGAAAACUAGCUUCCCUGAUUCAUCAGCCUUGCGUUCAUAAUUGUGGUGCGGAUGAAAAAUAAACCAAUUUUAGUGUGGCUGUCUUGGUACAUGCAAACAGAACUUGUGUGGGUGUGAACAAAAGUUCACAAGCUUUCAAUGACCUUUUUCUAGUGAUGGAAAUCUGCAUAUGAGGAAGUGCGUAAAGAACUAUUACUAACAUUGCAUGACUGUAAAGAUCAAAGUAGAUCCAAAGUGGAGGAUAUAAAUGACACAGAGGACUUUUUGUUUUAAAAAUGAUGAUCAUUCUUUCUAGUAAUCCCACUUGAAUUCUAGAUUAAUUGAAAAAUAUCUUCAGUGUUAUACACUGUGUGUUAAAUCUGGAUACUGUAUUAUGAAGGUUUUAAAGACUACUACGAAUCUCGUUGUGAAAUCUGGUUUGUUAUGUGAUUGUUUUUCGUUCUAGUGUGACAUUUGGAAUGUUUUUCCACUAUAUUGCCACUAGGUGAAACCUAGCAUAAAUUUGCUCUGUAAUGCCCUCAUUAAAAAAUACUGAGAACAA